GUGGUGCGAGUGUGUAGAAAGGGCAGAGGGGCAGGAUUGGAGAAGGGAAUGAAGUAGAGGGGUGGAAGUGGGAGAGAGCCAGAGGAGGGCUACGUAGAAGUGGGAAGGAGGGGUGGGAGUAGUAGGCAGGGAGGUGAGCAGUACGCUGAGCGCGAAACAGACGCUGAUCAUGAUCUGAACUCUCCUGAGUCCUGACAGCUGAUGUCGAGGGUUCGGUCGACGUCGGUGGAGUGUGAAUCUCACGCAGGAGGGGAGUGCAGGGGAACAGGAGCGAAUAAGUUUGUUUGACGGAGAAGGGGGGUGGGAAGUAGUGGAGACGAUUACCAGAGAAGGAGGGUUAGCAGAAGGGAAGAAGGAGGAGAAGACGCUCGUCGCAGCGAAGGUAGACAGACUACGUAGCCUAAGGGUGGAGGGAGGAGGAAGGAGAGUCCACCAAAGGACGCCGUGCGGCGAAGGAAGCAGAAGCUGCGAAGAUGGCGGACACAGACAACAUGGUGUACUUAGGCUCAGCGGACGAGAGCUUGGCAUCGACAGCGGCGUGGAAGGCAACCAUCGCCGAAUUCAUCGGCACGCUGUUGUUCAUCUUCAUUGGGUGCGGCAGUGUGGUUGCUACUGUAGACCUGCUUGCGGGAGGUGCAACGGAUAUCUCCCAGGCCAUGGCAGUCGCCGUAACCCAUGGUAUAGCUCUGGCUGUGGUCAUUGCGAGUACGUCCGUCGUUAGCGGAGGUCACAUUAACCCAGCGGUUACCUUCGGCAUUGUGCUUUCGGGCAAGUUGUCCAUUCUUCGCGGGUUGAUGUACUGGGUUGGUCAGCUGUUGGGAGGAGUGGUAGGAGCAUUGCUGCUGAAGUGGACUACACCGGUUAAGUAUCAAGGCAGCUUGGGCUCUCACGGCCUGGGAGCGGAUAUCGAAUGGUCCUCCGGGCUUAUCAUUGAAAUCAUCCUCACCUUCAUGCUCGUCUUCACUGUCUUCGGCACGGCAGUCGACAAGAGAGGGCCUGCUGCCAUCGCGCCGCUGGCGAUUGGUCUGUCAGUGUUGGUGGGAAUCGUCGUCGGGUUCCCCUUCACCGGCGGUUCCAUGAACCCUGCGAGGAGCUUCGGCCCGGCUUUCGUCUCUGGCACGUGGGGUAAUCAUUGGGUCUACUGGGUUGGACCAUUGAUUGGAGGAGCGAUUGCUUCUCUGGUUUACACGUGGGUCUUCCUGCCGCCAUCUCGGCCAACCACUCGCCGCGUCGGGCAAGACGAGUACGCGCCGGUUGAUGCCGCAUAGGUAGCUAGCUAGUUGAUAGGGAGAGAGUUAUGUACUCCUCGUAGUAUACAUACGUGCGUGCGCCGCACACAUUUGCGUCGCACACACACACACACACAGUGUCACACACUGUCACACAGUAUUUGUUUGUUGUAUCUUGUGUUUGUAUUGCACACUAGGUUAAGGGUUAGUCGUGCACGAUUCCGGUGGGGGUAAUUGGUAGAAGGCGCCCACGGGGAAACCUUUCCGGUUUUGGGCCCCGAAAGUUCAGCUGUGUGGUACUCCCAUUCCGGUGUCCUUCGGAAGAUGGAUGGGGGAACGGUAGCGAAUGGCGAGAGCUUUUUUCAAAAAUGGACAAGUGUGUGGUAUCUUGUGUCGCACAAAAUAAAAGA